CACAGUUCUGUAUUUCCGGUACGUCUUCAAAACGACUUUUGUUUUUGCCAUGUGCAGUAUUAUUCCUUAGGAAUAGAGGACAAUAUUUGCCAUGAGUACUGCAAAGGGUCCUUAUAAAGGACCAAAAAAAGGAUCCUUGACAGUAGAGGAAAUACAGGUUGAUAACAUCACACAGUUGGCUCGACAGCAUUGGUCACAGGAGGCGCUGAAGAAUGGAGUUGAAUUUAACCCUAAGAUUGUGGCAGAUAUUUACAGAGAGGAACUCCAAGGAACGCAGUUUUCUGCCCGAAGGACAAUGAUGCUAGAGUACAGUCAAUAUCUGGAAAAUUACUUAUGGCCAAAUUGUAAUCCUGACAAGUCCAACAAUGCACAUAUUACAUCUACUGCUCUAAUGGUGAAUGAGAAAUUCAGAGAAAGGGUUCCACCAUGGGAGUGUUUCAGAGCCAAGCCAGAGAAAUUCGAGGCAUUUUUCCACCAGGUAUUACGUGUUUGUCUGGCUGAACACACUUCCCUUCUGGAACACACACAUCUACUCAUGUUUCUCAUUCACUGCUUCAACAGCCUGGAAAUGGAUCUGAUCCGAGAACAAGUUCAGAAGUUAGUGUCUCUUCCAGUCUGGGCCAAUCUUCUACCAGGAAGAAGAGAAGAACUGUUCAAAACAAAUGCCAAAUACAAAAAGUUUUACAACCUCAUACAGAAAAACGACGCUAAAGUUGGGGCGGACAAAUUAAAACGAUUGCAGUUUGAGAGAAACUUUAUGUCUAAUUUGAUGAAGAAGUUCUUCAGUAUCUUAGACUCAAUACCAGAAACAGGAAAGCUAGCUCAUACUAAGGUUCAGUACUGUGAACGGUUCAUGGAACUCAUGAUUGACAUUGAGAGCCAACUACCCACACGGCGAUUCUUCAAUGCCCUAAUGGACGAUGUCCACCUUGUGGUCAGAUGCAAGAUGUCCACACUGGUCAACCGGAAGGAAGGGAAACUGUUUGGGGAGCUCCUGGAGAUGCUACAGCGUUACGCUGAGUUUGAGAUUGAUGACCAGACAGGAGAAGCUCUGACCAUCCACGACAGAAUUGACCUCCACUACAACAGAGUGCUCGCUCUACAGAAAGUUGCCUUCCGACAUUUCCCAGACGACUUGCGAAGUUUUGCCAUUUCCAAUGUUGCGAGUGUAGACAGCAGAGAAUCACUGCUGAAAUUCUUCAAGAGUUUGAACAAGUCUGAUCUACACCGAGUCCUGGCCUACAUUCACCAGCUACCAAUGAUCAAAGACGAGGAGGAAACGGCACAGAAAGAGGACUACAUGAUGGAGCUACUGGUCUCUCGCCAUGAAAAGAGGAGGUCCCAAUUGGAACAGAUAAACGAGAUGCCACUGUACCCGACGGAGGACAUCAUUUGGGACGAGAACAUUGUACCCACCGACUUCUACUCUGGGGACAGUUGUCUAGCUCUGCCCAAGCUGAAUCUACAGUUCCUUACAUUGCAUGAUUAUUUGCUGAAGAAUUUUCAUUUGUUCAGACUGGAGUCUACAUAUGAAAUACGACAAGACAUUGAAGAUGCUGUGUCUCACUUAAAACCAUGGAUGGCAGAGGAUGGGAGUUGUCUGUUCGGGGGAUGGGCCCGGAUGGCUCAGCCAAUCGCAGGCUUCAAUGUGGUGGAGGUGGCGAAGCCUCUGAUUGGUGAGAACCACCCUGCCCAAGUGCGAGCAGAUAUCACAGUCAAUCUCAGUGUGCGGGAACACAUCAAGAACGAAUGGGAAGGUCUGAGGAAGCAUGAUGUGGCAUUCCUAAUCACGCUGCGUCCCACCGUAGCCAUCCAACAAAAGUACAACCACCAGUUGCCAUUCAUUCCACAGGUUGGACUUGCGUAUGUCCGUGGCUGCGAAGUCGAGGGCAUGCUGGAUGCGGAGGGCAAGGUCAUAGAAGAAGGACCAGAGCCGCGCCCAGAUAUUCCUGGGGACAGUAGGACAUUCCGCGUCUUCCUCGACCCUAACCAGUACCAACAGGACAUGGCACGUGCUGUGGAUGGAGACCAGGAUGUGUACGAGACAUUUAAUGUGAUAAUGAGGAGGAAACCGAAGGAGAACAACUUCAAAGCUGUGUUAGAGACAAUGCGUGACCUGAUGAACACAUCAUGUGUUGUCCCAGACUGGCUCCACGACCUUGUGCUCGGCUAUGGUGAACCAAACGCGGCACACUAUUCCCAAAUGCCAAAUAAGAUUAACUCCCUUGACUGGAAUGACACCUUCCUCAAUAUGGACCACCUAAGGGCAGGUUUCCCUGACCACAGUAUCGAGGUCUGUACGGAUGAUGUCAGCAAACAUGUACCACCAUUCAGGUUGAAGUUCCCUGAGGAAGAAGAGACAGGGAAGAGGAAAGCUGACACAGAAGAUACCAAAGUGAAGAAACGAAUUAUAGUGGAACCACACACCAUCCCAAACAGAGGACCUUACGCCUACAAUCAACCCAAAAAGAACUCAAUAUUGUUCACACCAACCCAGAUUGAGGCUGUAAGGGCAGGGAUGCAGCCGGGCUUGACGAUGGUGGUAGGCCCCCCGGGAACGGGUAAAACAGAUGUCGCAGUACAGAUCAUCUCCUGUCUCUAUCACAACUUCCCAGACCAACGAACCAUCAUUGUCACUCACUCCAACCAGGCCCUGAACCAGCUGUUUGAGAAGAUCAUAGCCCUGGACAUAGAUGAGCGCCAUCUGUUACGUCUCGGUCACGGAGAGGAGGCACUUGAAACUGAGAAAGACUUCAGUCGGUACGGCCGAGUGAACUAUGUGCUAGCACAGCGUCUUGAGCUGCUGGAAGAGGUGGGGCGUUUACAGGCCAGUCUGGGCUUGCCUGGUGACCUCUCCUACACAUGUGAGACCGCCUCCUACUUCUUCCUUUACCAGGUUUUAGCAAGAUGGGAAGAAUUUCUCAGUAAACUCCGACAAAUUAAGGACAAAAAGCCAGAAAACAUCAAGGAUUUAUUCCCCUUUACCACGUUCUUCAGCAAUGCCCCACAGCCACUGUUCAAGGCGCGCUUCUAUGAACAAGAUCUAGACAUCGCAGAGGGCUGCUUCAGACACAUCAAGAAAAUCUUCACACAACUUGAGGAGUUCCGAGCUUUUGAGUUACUGCGGAGUGGAUCCGACAGAGCAAAUUACCUGUUAAUCAAAGAAGCUAAAAUCAUUGCCAUGACCUGUACGCAUGCUGCACUGAAACGCCGCGACCUAGUGGCGGCAGGCUUCAAGUUUGACAAUAUUUUGAUGGAGGAAUCAGCCCAGAUUCUGGAGAUAGAAACAUUUAUCCCCCUCCUUCUACAGAAUCCCGAAGACAACAUCAACCGACUGAAGCGCUGGAUCAUGAUUGGCGACCACCACCAGCUUCCACCGGUCAUCAAAAACAUGGCCUUCCAGAAGUUCUCCAACAUGGAGCAGUCACUGUUCACUCGCCUUGUCAGACUUGGGGUGCCCACAGUUGACCUUGACGCCCAGGGGAGGGCGAGGGCAAGUAUUUCCAGUCUGUAUAACUGGCGGUACCGUAAACUAGGAAAUCUGCCCCAUGUUUUGGUGAACCCUGAAUACCGCCUCGCCAAUGCUGGAUUUGUACACGAUUUCCAGCUCAUUGAUGUCCAGGACUUCAAUGGUGUAGGGGAGACACAGCCCAAUCCCUACUUCUUUCAGAAUCUUGCUGAGGCAGAGUAUGUUGUGGCCCUGUUUAUGUAUAUGAGGAUGCAAGGCUAUCCCGCUGAGAAGAUUGCCAUUCUGACUACGUACAACGGACAGAAACAUCUGAUACGUGAUGUCAUCUACCAGCGAUGUGGGAAGAACCCAUUCAUAGGGCAACCACACAAGGUUACCACAGUUGACAGAUACCAGGGCCAGCAGAAUGAUUACAUAAUCCUGUCACUGGUCAGGACUAAGACUGUUGGUCACUUAAGGGAUGUGAGACGUCUUGUGGUGGCCAUGUCUCGAGCUAGACUGGGCCUGUAUGUAUUUGGAAGAGUCAGCCUGUUCAGUAACUGUUUUGAGUUGACUCCUGCUUUCAAUAAGCUGAUGUCCCGUCCACAGAAGCUGCAGAUUGCUCCCCAAGAGAUGUAUCCCACACAGCGCAAGAUCAACGAGCCACCAGAGGGCAGUGUAAUGGUUAUGGAGGACAUGUCCCACAUGGCUCAGUUUGUGUUUGACCUCUACAACUCCAGGGUCAACAUGAUGAUGAGUCAGCGUGGCAUGUCAGAGGCUCAAUCAUUACGGAAACCUCCCCAGAAAAGCUGAUGUGCAUGAGAAGAGAUUGAAAAAGUUUUUGUGGCAAGAAUGUGCGGACAUUGACCAAGAACAAUGUUCAAAAAUGUUGUCAGAGUUAUUGGCAAAGAAAACUGUCAGAUGUGAGGUCUAAAACACAAGGACAACUUUAUUGUGAAUUUAAAAGAUCACAGCACAGUAGGUGCUCUUUAGCACAGCAACAUGAUGUACUGUUUGCCAGUAGAAGUUUGAGAAAUGUGUUAAGAGUACUGACUUGUUCCUCAGAUCUGAUGUGGUAUUGCUUAAGGAACAUUAUUGUGGAUAGAGCAUCAACAAAAUGUAAUCUUGUAAGCCGAACUGGUGUAGCAUUUCUUUUGAUUUUAGGGGAGGGGGAUGCUAUAU